ACUACAGGAGCGGCAGUUGGUGAAUGCCUGCGUGAUUUCUUAGUUUGUCGUGGCCUCUUGUGAAUACUGAGUCGUUGAAGUUGAGCAAGAUGGAACUGGAACUGACAGUUGUGUUGGUUGUUUUGUUACCACUUGCAAGUGGUGUCUCCUGGAUGACCGACUACGAUCAACAGUUCACUUACGAAUGUCCUGAACAACAUUAUUUACAGGUUACGUCAACGACUUUGACGCCCUGAUGGAGUUCCAGUGUCAUAACGACUACAUCAUCGCCGGCAUCUCCAGUUACCAUGACAACGGCAAAGAGGACAGACGCUUUAAGUUCCAGUGUUGCAAGCCAGGGAAUCUUCAAGUUUGACAUUUGCAAGCUGGACAAGCUUCAGGGCCCAAUAGACGGUGAGGUUGUCGGUUAAACACUAUGCAGACAGCCACAUUAUACGCUCUCAACUUGGGGGGAAAAUAUAGUCUACCACACCGAUACUGGCAACGGAUGUUCGAUGGUCAAGAUCUGUCUGUCGUUUUCAAUUCUUUCACAUUACAUCUGUGUUAAGAGAUAAAAGAAUUUCAAACCUCAUCUGUAUCUUCAGAGAGAUUUUUUAAAAGUAUUAAUGUCGUUCAUUAAAAGUUUGGAAUUUUCCCUUUGCGACAAUA